ACACUCGGCGGGGAGCCGGGGGCAGGGGCGGGCGGCGCCGGGGCUCGGGCGGGCGGCGGCGGCUGGGAUGAGCCGGCGGCGCGGCUGUGGGGGCAGAUAGCGACCCGCGGGGACGCGGCCGAGUGGGGCUCGGAGCGGCGGCGGCCGCCCGGCAGCGCCAUGGCCGCGCAGCGCGACCCGCUGAGCGGGUACCUGCAGCAGCCGCUCUCCGACCCGGGCUCCAACAGCGAGCGCAGCGCCGACUCGCCCGCGCCCGGCUCCGAGGAGGACUCGGCCGGCCCGCCGCGGGCCCUGCACAGCCCCGAGUGGGGCGAGGAGCGAUUCCGGGUGGACAGGAAGAAACUGGAGGCCAUGCUCCAAGCUGCUGCAGAGGGCAAAGGGAAAAGUGGGGAAGACUUUUUUCAGAAGAUUAUGGAAGAAACAAAUACACAGAUUGCUUGGCCAUCCAAACUGAAGAUUGGAGCAAAAUCGAAAAAAGAUCCCCAUAUCAAAGUUUCUGGAAAAAAGGAAAACGUUAAAGAAGCAAAAGAGAAAAUCAUGUCUGUCUUGGACACAAAAAGCAAUCGGGUAACCUUGAAGAUGGAUGUUUCACAUACAGAACAUUCUCAUGUGAUAGGUAAAGGUGGCAAUAAUAUUAAAAAGGUGAUGGAGGAAACAGGAUGUCAUAUCCAUUUUCCAGACUCAAAUAGGAACAACCAAGCAGAGAAAAGCAACCAAGUGUCUAUUGCUGGACAGCCAGCUGGAGUGGAGUCUGCAAGAGUUAGAAUUCGGGAGCUGCUUCCAUUGGUACUCAUGUUUGAAUUGCCUAUUGCUGGAAUUCUUCAACCCAUCCCAGAUCCUAAUUCUCCGACAAUUCAGCAUAUAUGUCAGACAUAUAAUAUUUCAGUUUCCUUUAAACAACGCUCUCGAAUGUAUGGUGCUACAGUCAUUGUCAGAGGGUCACAAAAUAACACUAGUGCUGUGAAGGAAGGAACAGCCAUGCUCUUGGAACACCUGGCUGGGAGCCUGGCCUCUGCAAUCCCUGUGAGCACACAGCUGGACAUUGCAGCACAGCAUCAUCUCUUUAUGAUGGGUCGGAAUGGCAGCAACAUCAAACAUAUCAUGCAGAGGACUGGUGCUCAGAUCCACUUCCCUGACCCCAGUAACCCACAGAAGAAAUCCACUGUCUACCUCCAGGGCACAAUUGAGGCUGUCUGUCUUGCCAGGCAAUAUCUCAUGGGUUGCCUUCCUCUUGUGCUCAUGUUUGAUAUGAAGGAAGAAAUUGAAGUAGAGCCCCAGUUUAUAACACAGCUAAUGGAGCAGUUAGACGUCUUCAUAAGCAUUAAACCUAAGCCAAAGCAACCAAGCAAGUCUGUGAUUGUAAAAAGCGUUGAACGAAAUGCCUUAAAUAUGUACGAGGCACGGAAAUGUCUCUUGGGACUUGAAAGUAGUGGAGUCACCAUAGCAUCAAGUCCCUCUACUGUCUCAUGCCCUGUUGGUCUGUCUUGUCCUGGUUUGGAUAUUUUGUCCUCAGCAGGACUUGGACUCACUGGGCUCGGCCUUUUAGGUCCAACAGCCCUGUCAGUCAACACCUCAACUGCUCCAAACUCUCUUUUGAAUGCCCUUAACAGCUCUGUGAGCCCCUUGCAGAGUCCAAGUUCAGGCACUCCUAGUCCCACGUUAUGGGCAACAUCUCUUGCUAACACAAACACCACAGGUUUUUCUGCUAUUCCACACCUAAUGAUACCAUCUACUGCCCAAGCAACCUUAACUAGUAUUCUGUUGUCUGGAGUGCCUAAUUAUAGUCAAAACACUCCAUCUCCACCACCAGGCUUGACUCCUGUCGAAGUCCACGUUAACGGCAUGCAAUCGGAGAGUAAAAAAGGCUCCCCUUCUUUAAAUGGUCAUGUGAAGGCCUCAAAUAUCAAGUAUGCUGCACUGUCUGCCACAUCGCUGGGGGAAAACGUGUUGAGCGCGAACCACAGUGACCCGGUGAGACAAACAAGUACUCAUGGUGCCUCAGAACAAGGAGCUGCCAAGUCAAACAGUGAAGAAGGUUGCAAUGAUGCUUUUGUAGAAGUGGGCAUGCCAAGAAGUCCUUCCCAUUCAGCAAAUACCAGCGAUCUGAAGCAGAUGAUGAGCUCUUCGAAGCAGGCCUGUGCCAAGAGGCAAACGGUUGAGUUACUGCAAGGCACCAAAAACUCUCACUUACACACUGCAGAGAGGCUGCUCUCAGACGCGGAGUUAAGUGCCUCCGAGGGCCCCGUGGCUGAUAAGAAGGCUCCUGGCAGUGAACGGGCAGCAGAGCGAGCAGCGGCCGCCCAGCAGAACUCUGAGCGAGCACGUCUGGCCCCGCAGCCCUCCUAUGUCAAUAUGCAGGCAUUUGACUAUGAACAGAAGAAACUGCUAGCAACCAAAGCUAUGUUAAAGAAGCCAGUUGUAACAGAAGUGAGAACUCCAACAAAUACAUGGAGUGGUUUGGGGUUCUCUAAAUCCAUGCCUGCAGAAACUAUCAAGGAACUAAGAAGAGCAAAUCAUGUAUCGUACAAGCCAUCCAUGACAACUACAUAUGAGGGUUCAUCGAUGUCUCUGUCCCGGUCCAGCAGUCGGGAGCACCUGGGAAGUGGCAGUGAAUCUGAUAACUGGAGAGACCGUAAUGGGCUGGGACCCACUGCUCAUGAUUUUGUCUCCUCAAUUGGCAGCCCUAAACGGAAACAAAACAAAUCAGCUGAGCACUAUCUCAGUAGCAGCAAUUACAUGGACUGCAUUUCCUCGCUGACAGGAAGCAAUGGCUGUAACCUGAACAGUUUGUUUAAGGGAUCUGACCUGCCUGAGCUCUUCAGUAAGCUUGGCUUGGGCAAAUACACGGACGUAUUCCAACAGCAAGAGAUUGAUCUGCAGACAUUCCUUACUCUUACUGAUCAAGAUCUGAAAGAGUUAGGAAUUACCACUUUUGGUGCCAGAAGAAAAAUGCUGCUUGCAAUCUCAGAACUGAAUAAAAACCGAAGAAAGCUCUUUGAUCCGUCAAACAUCCGUGCCUCGUUCCUGGAAGGUGGAGCCAGUGGGAGACUGCCGCGCCAGUAUCACUCGGACAUUGCCAGUGUCAGCGGCCGCUGGUAGCAGGACGUUGUGGCUCUAAAAAGUCAGCUGUAAAGAUGGACAUGGCAAUCCUGUGGACAGCCUUCACUGCACACCACCCUCUGCACUUUGGGAGUUUGGGCGUCAAGGACCAAAGCGUGUUUGUCUGCACAGUACUGUGCCAAAAAAAAACAAAAAAAUCAACAGAGAAAACACAUUUUGUCUGUUCUCUUUCGAAACACCAAAUGUGGGUUACGUUUUACUCAUGUAGAUUGGACAGAAUUUGCAAUAAUAAUAAUAUAGGGUUCUUUGUUUAGUAUUUUAUUACCUAUAACUAUAAUGUAUGCACUGAAUUUUUUACUUUGUUGAAUGAAGGAAGAAUGAAGAGCUGGGAUGCCAGAGAGCAUAGAUUUGGUUUUAUCAAGAUGGAUUUUUCUGGUACUGCUUAAAAUAAUUAUUGAGGUCUUUCUGCACUUUACAUGUUCUGAUUUCUUGUCCUGUGGAAAUUUAUUUCUCUCUUUCAUUUCCAUAUCAAUUUUUAUAUUGGCACUAAUCAAAUUUGUUCAGGUGUUCCUGCAUUAAGUCACAUCUCACUAUAAUGGUACUAGAAUCCGGUUCUUAUGCAGAUUUUUUUUUUUCCUCUCUCUGUCUCCCGGGUAGUUAUCUGAAGAGAUUGUUCCAAAAUCAAGUCACUUGGUAGUGGACCAGUCCUAUUAUGCUCUUAUGAAGCAGUGUAAUGCUGCCUGCAAUAAUACUCACUGUAACAGAUGCAAUGAAAGACCAAAAUGGACCUUGCAAUAUUAACCCUUUGCAGUCAACAUAUUUAACUGCUGCCUGUUAUGCUAAAAGUGUUUUUAAUGGUUGUCUCAAAGCAAAGGGCUAUUUUUAGUACCCUGCCACUAAAGGACACUUAUUUAUAUCAGACUUUUAUUUUUAGAUUCUAUACACCUACAAUACGUAACAGAUUAAACUGAUCUACUGCAGAUUUAUGGUAGAGAAUGAAAGGCAUUCAUCAAACUAGAGCUCCAGGCUGUCAGUUUGAUUCAACAGACAACUAAUCUAAUUUGACAAGACAGCACUGUUGCCAUUUAAUAAAUGACACAUAUUACUUACAUGACUAUGCAUGCAGCAAUUAAGUGACCUACAUAAAGUAGGUGUAAUAGCAUCUGUUUUGUUCGAUCCAGAUUUGUAAUUGUCAGCUGCAGAAGUGUUUCAAACUCCGGAGAUGAACUAUUUCUGAAACAAGUUAUGUUCAACGGAAAGAGUCCAUGUUAUAAGUGGCUAGAGCUAACUUUUGCAUUCUUAUACUGUGAAAGUCCGAAUGAUUUGGCAAUGUUAUUCCUCUGUCUUGACAGAUGUUGUGUUAUGGGUUUAUGAAGGGUUCAGAUAUAAUGAAGGAAUUCAUAAAGUGCCUCUUUUUGCAAUGCAAUACGUAGUUUCCAAGCAUUAAUUGAAAAGCAUUCCCAUGAGAAAUAUUGUGAAUUACCUCUACUGUAAUGUACUAUUUAUGUUCAGUGUACAAGCCUUUUGAGAUGGACAUAAACCACUGUCAAGUGCUCUUAACAGAAGGCAUUAGAAUAACAUUUACAGUAGUUGGGUUUUAUGCAAAAAUGGGUGAGAAAGAGUUCUGACACUUUCCAUGGAUAAUUCUUUCUUUUAAGGUGAGAAUGCAAAAUGACAUAACGAGAAAUUUGCACACACAAAGGGAAUUUAAAGAGACUUGUUACUUGAGGGCAUAGAUGAUCAAGCAAUAAUAUAAAGUCUUCUUGUGGUUAGCUAGAAAUUGCUGCUCAGUAAUCGUUUCAACCAUAUCUACUUAAUGGUGUAUAACUGGGUGACUUCCCCUCUAGGUCCAGUAGCAUCUUUGCCUGGUUUUACAGUGGUACUACAGAUCUGACUGGAUAAAGCUGUGUCUGGUACACAGUUGCUCACACCAGUCACUGUGCUCAAUGCCAAGAGUCAAUAUCCACAUAUCUGAGAGGUACUUGUGUGUCACAUGGGCAAGAGCAACUUCAUGGAAACCCUCUCAGAAGCCACGACUUCUCAUUCUAAAACUAUUUACACUUGUGCUUACUUCUAAGCAUGUAGGUAGUUCCAUUCACAGGGGCUACUUGUGUGCUUACAGAUAAGCUGUCAUUUCUAUGCUUGCACUCGCAAGACCAGUGUUUGCAAAUCAAAUUGUAUUCAGCCAUGUUAUUUUAUAAAAUAUUUUUAAUUAAAUAAAUAUUCAGCUGCACUUGGUACAGAAUUUUCUGCAACCCCUUCUUGCUUAUUUUGCCUAAACUUAAAAGCAUCAGAAAGCUUUUACACUCUAGUCUUUUGUAAGUACUUGCUAUGUAUCCAGAUGGUACUAUACUCAGAAACUCAUUUUAUUACAGUAUUAAGUUGAUGUGGUCUUUUGCUGAGCAGUGCUUAUGUCAUCUACACCAAAGUGAAGAAUUUCCCUUGAACAACAAUAUUUUUCAGUAGGGCUUCACACACACACACAAAAAAAAGAACACACUGGAAGUAAAAAAAUUUCUCACUUAUUUUGAUUCCACAAAGGGAAUAUAACCGUACAGUGUACCGUAUUGUGUUAUAUUAUGCACAAAUAUUUGACUUGCUACAUAAAAUGUUAGUUUUAAAUCUGUGCCUUAAUAGUGACCAGUUAUCUGUAAAUAUAGAGCAGAUACAGAUUGUAUUUUUGUGGGUUGUGUCCUUUUAGUGAUUUUUUUUUAAAAUAAAAGUUGAAAUUAAGACAUUAAAAAUGGGAAUUUUCAAAACUAAUCAGUGUUGCAUAAAAUAAAUUUAUAUAACACCCUUGUAUUCUGA